UCCGGAGGAGCUCACAGUCGUCGCGCGCAGCCGUCAUGGCGGCCGAAGAGAAGGACCCUCUGAGCUAUUUCGCGGCUUACGGCAGCAGCAGCUCAGGUUCCUCGGGCGAGGAGGAUAACAGCGAGCCGGAGGAAACGAAUCGCAGGACCCCAGAUCCUGGGAAGUCGGCGGGCGGCUGUGGGAACAAGGCGGAGAAGCGGCUGCCGGGACCCGACGAACUGUUCCGGAGCGUGACUCGCCCGGCCUUUCUCUACAAUCCGCUCAACAAACAGAUAGACUGGGAGAGGCACGUCGUCAAGGCGCCUGAGGAGCCUCCAAAAGAAUUCAAAAUAUGGAAGUCAAACUAUGUACCACCUCCGGAGACUUACACUACUGAGAAGAAACCUCCCCCUCCAGAGCUGGAUAUGGCAAUAAAAUGGUCUAACAUCUAUGAGGACAAUGGUGAUGAUGCCCCACAGCAUGCUAAGAAAGCUAGGCUUCUACCAGAAGGGGAGGAGACAGUGGAAUCAGACGAUGAAAAAGAUGAGCAUACUUCUAAAAAGCGCAAAGUAGACCCAGGAGAACCAACAAAGAAGAAAAAGUAGAAAACAACAAAUGACAAGGAUUUCGGGACUGUGAAGCUUGUUGAAACGGUUUUUUGGGGGCAGAUUAAGUUGACAUUUUAAAUUAUUAUGAAACAACAUCUCCAUGAAAGUACAUGUUAAUUAACUAAUAAUAAGUGUUGCUGUGGGAACGUUCCACUGUAGGAUUCAUUGUUUAUUUAAAAUUUUUAUUUAAAACUCAAGUGGUGAUUUGUGAUUAUGAAAUUGACAACAUAUGGAAGCAUUCUUGCUGCCACAGAGUUGGUGACAUGCUUUGAGAGUUUUGUCACAUGUCGACAUGCCAGUGUUCUAUGAACCUUUUAUAAAGGAAUAUAUUUUUAAAGUAAAUAUAUUGUAAUGUACUGUGAACUUGUAGGGUGCUUUUCAACAGUGUUUGUACAGUGUAAAUAGAUCAUGGAAAUAAAAUUACUUAUUCAAUAUUACUAUUGCAUAACAUUAGCAUUUGAAUAUUUGUGACAAGUACCCUCUUUGCCAUGUGAUGUUUUAAUAGUAGGUAUUACCAUCUAAGAGUGCCUCCUGUGUUCCAGGUGCCUUGUGGAUACUUUUUCUCUGAUCCCCAAACAGCCUGGUAAAGCAGGUAUUAGUGGCUUCAUUUUAUAAUAGAGAUUAACUUACCCAAGGUUCCACAGGGAGUGAGCAAUGAUUUCAGGAUUAACUGAGGAUACUUGAACUCCAAAAUCAUCACCCGAAACCACCUACCCAUCAGUCAAACUUCGGUUAUCUUCUAGGGACUGCAGUUGUCAUGUCUUCAGGUACUCUCCGUGGUAAGCAAGGAGAUCUUCCCUGAUUGUAUUACUACACUUUAUCAUGUAAGCCUGAUGUGAUGGUUAUUAAUUUCCCUGGUAAAUAGUUUGCCGAAGAUAAUGAUUCUCUAUAAAGUACUGCCAGGUGUAGCAAAUAAAAAUACAGGACACCCAGUUAAAUUUGAAUUCCAGAUAAAUAAUGUUUUGUAUGUGCAAUAUUUGGGACAUACAGUAAAAAUUUAUCUGAGACUCAGUUUUAACUGAGCAUCGUGUGUUUUAUCUGACGACACUACUUCUAUUGUGUUUUUGUACAUGACUCCUAUUUUAAUGCUUUGCAUAUAGUAAUAAUCAAAAUCGGCAAGGGGUAGUCAGGAAAUUAAUCAUCUUUGAUUUUACUUCUACAGUCCAAAAUGCAGUGCAGUUAUUUGUAGCAUUUGGAACUAUAAAAAGGAGAGGUUAUACGUUAUAGCUAUCGUUCCUUGCAUCUUAAUGCCUUUUAGAGACGAGUUAAAUACAGAACACUGCACCUCUAGUGUAUAAGAAGAAUUAAAGACAUUGGUCUUUGAAUUUAAAAAAAAAUCCUCAGUCCAGUUGUUUUUCUUCAGUACUGGAAAAUCAAUAUUUGAAAAACUAAGAAAUUUGUUUAAUUGGAAACGUGGAUCAAGUAGAUUAAAAUUUGUAAAAGGCACUAAAAGUGAUGGGGUUUUGUAAAAGGCAUUAAAAGUGAUGGUGCUAGCCAUGGGGUUUUGUGGAUUGAGGUGGGAAUAUAACAGUAUGAUAGCUUCCAGUACGUCUCAAACUUAACAAAAACUAAUUCUAUAGCUGCUUAUCCUCUAUAGAUAUAUGGUUCCCAGAAUUAAAGAAAUUGGUAAAGCAAGAAACUUUCUGUGUAAAGCCUUUGUAUAUGAAUAAUUUGGAGGGCUAUAGUAUCCUAUUAGGGAGUGGCAUCAAGUGAUAAAGCAUGACUCCAGUGUGACACCAAACUAAACAAGUGGAAUUCUAAUUUUGAGUCUGUGUUUCCCAAAUCUAGAGAAAUCUGUUGUCUGGAUACAUUUACUAGAGGAGCAGCUAUCUCAAGAAGUUACCGAAAUAUUACAAGAUUUAAAAAUUAGCAUGAAGGCAAACCUCAUAUAAAAAAAACAGAACCCGGCAAGCCACUGUCUAGAAAUCUAACCUCUUUUUAUCACCCAUUGGAUCAACUUCCAACUUACAUCAGUUAGUUUAUGAUAGAUAAAAAGCUCACUGGUGAUGCUCACUGGUGAUGCUUUGAGCCCCCCUCCUAGAAGUUAACAGAAUGGAGUGGUGGGGAGGAAUAAAUACCACUUUCUUAGAAGGGGGAUUGAUAUUUUAGGACAUGUAGUGGCUAUACUUGUGAGCUUAUGCCCCUGCUGGGAGAUGUAUGCCUAUUUGAGUAGUUGUAAUGUAGGAGAGGGAAGAGAGAUUUUAGGAAGAAGGAGGCUAAAUAUUUUGGAGCAGUCUCAUUCUGCCUUUUGUAUCUCAUUGGGUUUCUUUUCAAAAUAUGGCCCAAAAAACAGAAGGGGAAAGGGACCUCUAUUCAAGUUGUUUCUUUUUUAGACAAGUCACUUGAUAAUUGACUCAGUUCCUCAUCUUUAAGGAAGUUAAGCCAUAUCAGGCAUAAAUGACUUUCUUUUAUGCAAAGACAAAAUUUGAGAAGAACUAAGCAUCUGUGGGCCAUAUUUUAGAAUUCAAAGUGUAAAUAACAUUAUGGAGUUUUGUGGAAAACAUUCUAACUGGAGUCAAAGAACAUUGAGAAAAUUGACACUGAUUUUUAGCCAUUAAAAUACUAAUAUUACCUGGACUUAUUUGCAAACUUGCAAAUUUCUAGUCUAAGUCCUUAAUGCUGUGUGGUGCUUUUGAGUUCACAAAGUUCAAUCACGUAGUAUUUUAGUUUCCAAAAACCUAAUGAGGUAGGCUUUAUCAUUUCCAAAUUAGAGAAAUGGAAAACAGGCCCAGCCAGAUAAAACAAUAUACCCACAAGUAUAUGAGUUAGCUUCAGAGCGCGGGCUAAAAUCUGUAAUCCCAUUCCAUAUAAAGUUUAUGGAGUACCUGUUGUACUCCAUAAAUAGUGCAAAGCACUGUGUUAGGAAAAAAGGACCCAUCUUUGUUUUAGCAAAGUCAGGUUGGUAGCCCUAAGGAGAAAGGACAUGUAAGGGCGGAGUCAGAAAGACCAGUUGCAGUAGUUGAGUAGAGCAGUAGGUGUCUGUAUGAACUAAGGCUUGGAGAGGAGACGGAUAUGAGAAACCUAUAGUCCUCAGUUGGAUAUAAUGGCUGAGAGUGAGGUUUUCUUUUACUGCAUAUAUGUAUAUGUAUAUAGUGCAGGUUUUUUAUUUCAAACUACAUAUAUAUAGUUUGCAAUAAAUAAAUAUAUAUAUAUAUUUAAUUGUGAAUGGGCUAAUGCAGGUUUGGACAUGACCUGCAUAUAAAACAUAUUGUCACACCAUUUAGACACACAGCCCUACUAGAGAUAUUUUUUAAAUAUAAUUAUUUUUACAGGUAUCUGCAUGAACUCAACAACUUUGAAUAAGUCAAAUUUCUGACUGAGAACCACAGCUGGACUUUAGUGUCAUUGGUGGUAUUUCAGAUUUUAGCCUUUUGUGUCCAUACUGAACUGCUUGCCUAGUUCACUUAGUACAGAAGUUCCAGAUAUUCUUACCAAAAAGGUGUUAAAUUCCCAGCAAGUGUUUUGGACUUUUCAUUAUUUUGUAAAGCUUUCUCUCUUCCCUUUCCAUAGUUUUCUCAAUUUAAAGCAUUGCGUUGCAUUGUAAUGCAAAAAAAAAAAAAAAGGGCCGAGGGGCAUUUGUACGUACAGUCCACAGAGGAGGGCCUCUGCCUGUUUUGUUCAUUGACUAGAGCCAUGCCUGGCACAUAGAAGGGACUCAGUAGAACUCCUGAUUGUUGGUGGUGAACAGAACUUUUCACCUCUGGUUUGGAAGCGAUCCUCCAGAGGCUUGUGUCCUCAGUUACAUGGGCCAAUAAAUCUUGACAGUUUAAACCA